AAUAAUAGACAUAUUCACUAAAUAUAUACAUGUUUAUGAUAUUUCUCCGUUUAACCUAUUCAUUUGUUUACAAUAUUUUUAUCGGUGUAAAAGUGCAAAAGUGCUGGUGGGUUGCUGAAAGAAGUGUAGAAAAAUGCAUCCACCAAAUCCAGAUAAAAAUCAGCUUCUAGCUGUUCUGCAAGUCCUAAAAAAAUAUAAUUUGAAGGGAACUGAAGAAUUAUUAAAGAAGGAGGCUAAUAUAGAUGAAAGUGUAGAAAGUCAAGAUUCUGACGUUAGCAGUGUUUUAACUGGUUAUAAAAGUGAUGGUGAUCCUGAAAAGUAUGAAGAUUGUUAUAUGGAACUUAAACGAUUCAUUGAAUCCUCUCUUGAUAUUUAUAAACAUGAAUUGGGAAUGAUUCUGUAUCCAGUAUUGGUUCAUAUGUAUCUAGAAUUAGUGUACAAUGGACAUACAGAAAAGGCCAUUAAUUUAAUGAAACGUUAUGGCCCUGAGCAAGAUUGUUAUUAUCAAGAUGAUUUGAAAAAACUUGCACUUGUCACAAAAAGAGAUCAUAUGAGUGGAAAUGAACUUACAGAUACAUUUAAAUCUAAUCAAUUCAUUAUAAGAAUGUCCAGAGACACCCUUUCUCUCUUGAAAAGACAUUUGCAUGAUAAAAAAGCAUCUGUUCUCAUGAAUAUUGUUCAAGAGCAUUUAUAUUUUGAUAUGUAUGAAGGAGUUGCCAGGAAUAAAAUUCAAAUUAACGCAACAUCAGGAGCAGUUAUUGGUGAAGCUACACGUCAAGAUAAUAAGACAAAAGUAUAUUAUGGAUUACCAAAGGCACCAGAUAUACAAUCUUUGGCAGCACCAGUAGAAGAUGAAGAUGAUGGACUUGAUGCAGAUGCUCCAGAUAAACCUAAGAAAAAGAAGCCCAAAAAAGAUCCUCUAUUUUCAAAAAAAACUAAAUCUGAUCCUAAUGCACCACCUGUUGACAGAAUUCCGAUUCCAGAUCUGAAGGACAAUGAUAAAUUAGAAAAGGUAAAAGCAUUGAGAGAAGCUUCUAAAAGAGUAAAUUUAAAUCCAGAAACAUCGCCUUCCAUUUGUUGCUAUACUUUGUUGAAUGCAAACCACACCGUUACAUGUGCUGACAUCACAGAAGAUUCAAGUAUGUUAGCUGUCGGUUUUAGUGACUCAUUGGUUAAAGUCUGGACGCUUGUACCUCAAAAAUUGAGGGCUCUAAAAACUGCAAAUCAAUUAAAUGAUAUUAAUAUUGACGCAGAAGAUGUAUUGGUUCGAAUGAUGGACGAAAGAUCUGGUGAAACAUCGAGAUCUUUAUUUGGGCAUUCUGGAAACGUGUAUUCAGUUUCAUUUGCGCCGGACAGGACUUUGCUGCUGAGUUGUUCUGAAGAUACGACUAUUCGCUUAUGGAGUUUACAAAUUUGGACUUGUCUCGUUGUAUAUAAGGGACAUAUGUUUCCGGUUUGGGAUGUAAAAUUCUCACCGCUCGGUUAUUAUUUUGCUUCUGCUUCGAAUGAUAGAACUGCGAGAUUAUGGGCCACGGAUCACUAUCAACCUCUCCGGAUGUUUGCUGGCCACUUUUCGGAUGUAGAUUGUAUUCAAUUUCAUCCCAACUCAAACUACGUCGCUACAGGUUCAAGCGACCGAAGAGUUUGCUUAUGGGAUUGCACAAAUGGUAAUCACGUUAGAUUAAUGACAGGCCAUAAAUCGCCUAUCCAUGCAUUGGCGUUCAGCAUUUGCGGCCGAUUCCUUUCUUCGGCUGGAUCAGACUGCAAAAUAUUAGUUUGGGAUUUAGCCCAUGGCCAUUUAGUGGCAGAAUUGAAUGGACACAACAAGCCAAUACAUACAUUAACAUUUAGUAGAUGUGGCAACAUCUUAGUUUCAGGUUCAUUGGAUUGUACAGUCAAAAUGUGGGAUUUUUCUAAAUUAGCAGACGAUAGUAGUUCAGAAGACGUUAAUAUUUCACAUAACCCGGAGGUUAAAAUGGGAGAUAACUAUCUACUAUGGAAUUACGGUACUAAAAACUCGCCACUUAUUCAUUUACAUUUUACUAGAAGAAACUUAUUGUUAGCAAUUGGCAUGUUUGACGGAAUAUCCCAAACAAGUACUUAGAAAAUAUUGUUUUAUUUUUAGAACUAUAUUCAUUGCAUAAUACAAAAAAUAUAUACAUUUGUUAAAGGGUAAAUAUGGCAAGACCUUAAAACUAAACCAA